ACAAAAAAAUUUGCUAACUAAACAAGGCCUGAUUGAUGAAGCAUAAGAACACGUUAAGCUACCUCCACGUGCAUGGAUCACCGUACCACAUCCAACGGGUCAACUGCUCAAUCUUGCCUCGCAAUCCCCCCAGUUGCACUUUCCAACCUGUUGUUCUUGUUCUUCGGCAAUUCGACACGACUCUCUCUGUCUCUGAUUUUUGAGGUAGGCAGUGCACCGGUCCAUUUAAUUUUCCCUUGGAGUUUCCAUCGUAUGCCUAGUCCCUACCUUCUUUAGUUACCACACCUCUCUCCCUCCCGUACCGAAACCGGUCGCUCUAUUCUGCAUUGACCGCAGUAGACUCAUUAUGUCCAUGUUUUUUUCUCAACGCUUUCAUUUGUACUUAUUAAAAAGCAGGGCCAAAAAAUUGUGUGAGUCCACUACACGCCCACCAAAAUCCAAACAGAAACAGAGGGGUAUAUUUUCACUCCAACCUUUUCAUCACCUCCCUUUCUUUGCCCCUCCAAUCGCAGCCGCAAGAACCUAAAAGGUAGCAAUUUUUUUUUUUGUGACACUAAGGUAGCAUAUGUGCCCUACACUAUACACCAACACACGAAGAAACUACCUAGCCUACCUAGCAUGGCUUCCUCGCCUAUUCGUUCCCUCCGUGCUCGUCAAAGAAUCACCCACCAUGCAUGUCCAUGUGAAAGGGAAACCGAUCGAAACCGCAACAAAUAUUAGCUGGCGACCUGUCACGUAAACUUGGGCGACGGUCACUCCUCGGAUGCCAUGCCAGUGUUCACGUUCACAGCUAGUCUACAAAUCCACCAGCAAGCUCCAGCUAGCGCCGCCUGUACACCACCACCGCCAUGCCGCCGGAGGCCGCCGCCUCGUCGACAGGCACUGGCUACGUCGCCGCCCGCUUCCGGCGGCCACUGCCGGCGGAGCGGCCACACGUGGGGCGGUGCACGAGGCUGCUGUGCUCGGCGUUCCUCACCGCGCUCCUCAUCGCCGGCGUGGUCCUCUUCGUCGUCUACCUCGCCGUCCGCCCGCACCGGCCGCGGUUCCACGUGACGGGCUUCUCCGUGUCGGGCAUCGCCCCGUCGUCCGGCGGCGCCGUGGCGAUGUCGGGGCAGCUCUCCAUCCGCAACCCGAACCGGGACAUCGCCUUCUUCUACGACCGGUUCUACCUCUCUGUGGAGUACCGCGGCACCGGCGUGGUGAAGGGCCAGGCCCUGACGACGGCGCCGCUGUACCAGCCGCCCAAGACGACGUCGCCCCUCGUGUUCGAGGGCGUGGCGGCGUCGUCGGCCGGCGGGGACAUGGCGCGGGACGCCGCGGAGACCGGCGGCAGGGUGGAGAUGACGGUGAAGGUGCGGUCCAGGAUCCGCGCGCGCCUGGCGUUCUGGGGCAACCGGCACUGGCACCCGCUCAAUGUCCGCUGCGAGGUGGCCGUGGGACCCGACGGCCAGCUGCUGGCUGAGUACCUGCAGAAGCGCUGCAGCAUAGAUUUCCUCUAGGGGACUAGAGGCUAUUAGGGGCCAUUACUACUAACUACUGGAGUAUUACUGUAGUAGUAGUAGUAGUGAUUAGCAACUAACAGUGUUAUUUUGUAAAGCAACGAGUGGCAACUACAGCACAGCAACAUCCUAUAUAUAUAUAUAUAUAUAUAUAAAUUC